UAGCAUUCAGUUUUAAAGUGACUUUCGCUUUCUUUUAUUAGUUCGACAACAACGCCGUGCGGAGCAAAGUUUAACAUCUCAGGUUUUACUCUACUGCACUGCGCCCCUCAUCUGUCAACAUGUCUAAACAAGAAGAAGCUGGAAAAAAGUUUUGUGCUGGUAAUGAAGCUUUUGUUGAUGAAAAUUUUGAUCAGGCUAUCCAGUGUUAUACGGAAGCAAUCGAAAUAUGUACAGACAAUGCAGAUUAUUAUUUAAAAAGAUGUAAUGCAUACAUAAAAAAAGAAGAUUUCUCAGAUGCUGUUAAAGAUGCUGACAUGUCUAUAAAAUUAAAUAAAAUGGAUGUUAGACCGUAUCAACGGAAAGGUUUUGCUUUGUUUUCAUUAAAACAAUACAAAGAGGCACUAAAGGCGUAUGAAGAUGCCCUAAAAAUUGAUGAAAACAAUGAACAAAUCAAGCUUUGGAUUAGAAAAUGUGAGGCUGAGAUAAAUUUGUCGGAGAAAGGAGGUUGUACCAAAAAUAAGACCAAUAUUGGUCUUUCCAGGCUUCACAAAUCACACGAAAAUACUUCAAAGGCAGUACACUCAGAUAUAAACACAAAAACACAACAACAGCCAGCAUUAACAUCAAAAAUUAAACACGAUUGGUAUCAAACAGAAACUCACAUAGUUAUAACAGUUCUCAUAAAAAAUCUCAAUAGAGACGAUGUGAAUACAGAAUUUACUGCAAAUACGCUAAGUUUUAGUGCAAAACUGUCAAGCGGGAGCGAAUACAACUUGGAAUUAGAUCUAGCACAUCCUAUUGUGCCUGAAGAAUCUCUUACUCGAGUUCUGUCAACCAAGGCUGAAAUAAAACUGAAGAAAGUCGAAGGAAUCCGAUGGUCGUCUCUUGAAACGGAUAAUGAAUCUCAGUUUGCAAACAUAAAAUCGGAAUCAAUCAAAACAUCAGAGGAUGCGGUCCAUAAAUAUCCAACUUCGCGACAUUUGUACACAGAUUGGGAUCAACUUGCGAAAGAAGUUCAGGAAGAGGAGAAAAAAGAAAAUUCGGAAGGCGAUGCUGCCUUAAAUGCGCUAUUCAAACAGAUAUAUGCUGACGGGAGUGACGAAGUCAAACGAGCAAUGAAUAAAAGUUUUCAAGAGUCCGGUGGAACUGUUUUAAGUACAAAUUGGGCUGAAAUUAAAAAAGAGACAGUUGAGGUGAAACCACCCGAUUGUAUGGAGUAUAAGAAAUAUGAGUACUAGUUCUGAACAAUUUGAACAAGUUAUAUAUACACACAGUAGACUGGUUUUUCGACCGGUUAUUCGAGCUUAUACUUAUUCAAAACUUUCUGGUAUUCAAAACGAUUUUAUUCCUCUUGUAUUUCUUAAACUGAUUUCAGCUAAAUCUUUCUCAGAUAUUGGAUUUUUACCUCUAAAAAAACUUUUUAGAAAGCAAAAAUGAACUAUAUACAAAGUAUUUUUUUCAGAAGUCGAACCAUUUUUCCAUUUCCACAAAACUGUAACAAGCAUGGGAUUCUCAAACCCCGCAAAAAGCAAACUCUAUUAAAACACUUUCAAGCCUUUAUUUUUAUAAUACUCACAGAGUUGUCAUUGUUAAUAUUUUGUUUUAAAAGUUAGGGUGAUUUGUGUUUAUUAUAUUUCUUUCAACUUGAUGUGUUAAAAUUAACAGAGUAAAGCCUUGA